GAAUUAAAAAAAAAACAUGGCUGCCAGUGAAUUAACUUCAACACAAAUGUGUUGACAAAUUUGUGAAAAAGAGGUUAUAAAUGAGUUUAAAAAUUUUUUUAAUUAGAAAUUAGUUAAUAUUAGAAAAUAAAAAUGUCUUUGUACGACGACUUUGAUAAACAUCGAGCAUCUGACAAAGUUGCUGGCUGGUCAUCAGGAAUAAAGUUAUUACAAUCACAACUGCAGUUGAAAAAAGCUGCCGUUACUCAGCCAAAACGCGAGCAGUUUCGCAAAGCUACGACAGUCUUGCCACCGGUGAUUGAUUUGAAAUCAAAAGCGUCGAGUCGGGAUGCGGCUGCAGCAGCUGCGGCCGCAGCCGCAGCCACUGCUGAACGUGAUGAAGAUGGAUCAACGGUGACAUCUAAUAAUACAAAUGUGUUUACUAAUCAAGUAGUUAAUUCGGCGACAACUGGAGAGUACGACUGGAAUGUUAUCAAUGAGUAUGAUCCGCUCUGGCCGAAUGAGUACGAAAAGGUGGUGAAAGAACUCAGGGAUAUACGUGAUAAGGAGUAUGAACAAGAAGCUGAACAGCGAAAGCGACGAAGAGAAACUUCACGAUUUGAAGAGCCAAGUAUAAUGGUAAAUACCAUGGUUGCCCCUGAAAGAGAUGAAGAACGUACAAUAACAUCUCGCGGAAUAGCUGGAGGUGCAGCAAUAGCGCCUCCACCAUCUUUACAAGAGUCCGCAGAAGUGAUAAUGCCUCUAAUCAGCACACCAAUCCGACCACCAACAACACCUGGAGUCGGUUACACCACAUCCUCGGUAGCAGCUAAAAUAAUGGCUAAGUAUGGAUUCAAAGAGGGGCAAGGUCUUGGUAAGAAGGAGCAGGGUAUGUCUGUCGCUUUGCAAGUUGAGAAAACUAGUAAACGUGGUGGUAGAAUUGUGAGUGAAAAGGAACAACUAAUGCCGCCUCCGCCGGCUGUUAGUUUAUCACCGCCUCCCAGUACUCAACCUGCCGAAGAACCAACUAUCACUGAGAUUAUGAAGAGUCCUAGCAAAGUUGUACUGCUGAGAAAUAUGGUAGGACCCGGUGAGGUUGACGCCGAUCUUGAACCAGAAGUUAAAGACGAAUGUAAUACCAAGUACGGAGAUGUAGCACGUGUAUUAAUUCAUGAGGUAAUGGAUGUACCUCCCGAAGAAGCAGUAAGAAUUUUCGUUGAGUUCAAAAGAAUUGAAAGUGCUAUUAAAGCGGUCGUUGAUUUAAAUGGAAGAUUUUUUGGUGGUAGACAAGUUAAAGCCGGGUUUUAUUCUAGUGAAAAGUUGGAUAAUUUACAGUUAAUGGACUAGUUAAGCUACUUAUUAGUUUUAUUUUAAUUAAUAAAAAAUUUUUUACAUAAAUCUGUACACUAUAUAUAUCGACGGUUUCUUUUGCUUGGAUAAUUACCUUUAACAAUUUGUAAAUAGUUCAUAUUAUUCUUUAAUAAUAACAGACUUAAAUAAAGCUUAUCUUAAGUUUUAUAUAUCAUA